CGUUGGUGAACCAAGUCCGGGGCCCCACGCAACUGCGUGGUGGGUAAAACCGCUACUGGCGCUGUUUCAAGUCGGAUAAAAUUUCUAACCGACAUGCACUGCUUCAAGUUCAGCGCCUAUCGGUCUGCGCAGCGCUGCAUGAAGUCGAACACACCUAAUGAAACUCCGCACCAACAAGCGAACACGCACGCGCACGCACACACACUCCCUCAUGGCAUUCUCAGAUCAGUCGGUCAGUUUGUUGGAGUCUUGUCUGUUCUCAAUGAGCGGCGAAACUAUGAACACACAGAUUAUUUUCUAACAGCCUGCGCAGAGCGUCUCGUUUGAACGAUUUUGAGAUGAAGAAGGACAUUGAUACACUUAUAGCUGAAGAACGGGCUGAGAUCAUCGCAAAAUAUGAGAAGGGCAGGCAGGAGGGUGUGCAUAUUAACUCUUGGGAGGAUGUCGACUACAGCAUCUGCAGGGUUACGGACCGCUUCGGUUUCCUGCAUGAAGAGGAACUGCCGACACCAACCGCAGUGGAGGAGAAGUACAAGCUCUUGGAGAUCAAAAGAGAGCAGAAAUGGCUUAAAAUGUUGAAAAAGUUUGAAAAGUACCACAACAGUGAAAAGUUGAUGAAGCGGGUGUACAAGGGGAUUCCCAUGAAGCUGCGCGGGGAAACCUGGGCUCUGCUGCUCGACGUGGACAAGUUGAAGCAGGCCAACUUCAGGAAGUACGAGAAAAUGAAAGAGCAAGCCAAAAAGUACUCAACAGAAAUUAAGCAGAUAGAUCUUGAUGUCAACAGGACCUUUAGAAACCAUAUCAUGUUCAUGGAGCGCUUUGGGGUCAAACAGCAAGCCCUGUUCCAUGUGCUGGCAGCUUAUUCCGUCUACAACAUGGAAGUAAGCUACUGUCAGGGAAUGAGUCAGAUUGCCGCCAUUUUACUUAUGUACAUGAAUGAGGAAGAUGCGUUCUGGGCCUUAUCACAACUGCUGACCAAUAAGAAACAUGCCAUGCACGGGUUCUUCAUCCCAGGGUUUCCCAAACUCCUGCGUUUUCAGUCUCAUCAUGACCAAAUACUGUCCAAACUCCUCCCCAAACUGAAGAAACACAUGGAUAAGGAACAGAUGUCCACUGGUAUCUACUCGACCAAAUGGUUCCUCCAAUGUUUCAUUGACAGGACACCCUUCACACUCACUCUGCGUCUAUGGGACAUCUACAUAUUAGAGGGAGAAAAAGUCCUCACCGCCAUGGCCUAUACUCUACUCAAACUGCACAAAAAACAUCUUCUGAAGAUGUCUCUUGAGGACCUCAGGGAGUUUCUGCAGGAGAGUAUUGCUUCGUCCUUCAAUGUGAGCGAUGAUGUUGUCAUUGAGGAACUGCAGUCGUCUAUGUCCGAGCUCCGCAGGAUGAAACUCGAUCUCCCUCCUUCAGCCAAGGGAGAUGAGUUGCCAAAGAUGCCUCUGGGCCAAGAGCGUCCAAUAGUGCUGAUGCCAGUUAUCCAAACUGAGUGCAUAUCUAUACCACCACCAGCCACACACAACAACCCAACCUCAUUUAAACCACACACGGAGGACACCACCAACAACAACCAGAGCAGCGAUAAACUUACCCCGUCCAUUACCUCAUCGUCCCCUCUACCAAAGCACACCCAAUCUUUCAACCCUUCAUUGUCACAAGCUACACCUGAAGACACAAUGACCACAAUGAAGAAUCAAUACAGUGCCCCUGAACAAAGACCAAAUAUUCUACACCUCCCAGAACCUGCACCAGGGGAUACACUUUCUUUGAAAGAUGGAUGUGUCAGUAGAUCUCUAUCAGCUGUGCCUGAUGAGUGGCCUCCAACCUACCAGGCACCCAUAACAGAUUCUUCCAGUAUGAACUCUUUGAAUCUCCCAGAAUUGCUGCCACCACCACCUCUUCCCUGCAUCAAACAAGCAGUUGAGCUUUCAUCUCUAGAGGAGGAUGUCCUGUUUAACCUUCCUCCACCACCUCCGCCAAUUGCCGAACCUCUGAAUCUUAUCUUAGAAGAUCCAUCUUCAUCGCCCUCCUCUUAUAGAGCCCAUCGGCAGCUAAGCAAGUUUCCCGUGAACUUGUAUGUUCCUCCAUCCUCAAAUGACCGCCGACCUUCUAACACCUCCCAUUACGAUAACAUCUGGGAAGCGGAAGACCAAUCUGUGGAGAGACUGUUGGAGAUGGUCCCCACAUUGCCACAAAACUCAUACUUGGGUCAUAAGAAGCCCACACUUCCCCUUCCUGCAGAAGAUGCCUUGUCUCUAUCUCUACCGCCCCCGUCCAUGUUCUUCUACUCUCCAGACUCUUUGCCCCUACCUCCUCCUCAAACUCCAUGCAUUGAGGAGUCCAACAGUUGGGCGACUCCAGACUGUGUUUUCCCCCAGCCGCCAGGCAGCUUCGCAGACAGACCUUUCCUUGUACCUUCAGUCCCGUCCAAUCACAUGCUUCUAAACCAGACUGUAUAAGACGGGUCAAUCAUGACUCCCAAGACUACUGCCCCAACCAAGCAGCAAUAGUUUCUCCUGUACACUCUGAUUCAGACUUCUACCGAAUGCACGUUCCAAGUCAUUUGUUGUUGUAAUAGACAAUUCUCUCCUGCUAAAGCAAGACUCCUUUAUACCAGUGUUACAGUGACCUGAAGGUGUGGUUCUUCUUAUGGCCUUUUGUAAAAUUCUGUUUGUCAAAACUGUAUAUACCUUCGUCAUAAGUUAAUUCUGUAUAUUUUCUCAUAUGAAAAUGACUUUUAAUAGGUAAUGAGCUUCCACAUGACUCCAGUCAGCAUUGCCAAAAACAUUGCACUCUAUGGAGUAAAGCGGCAGCUUCACUGUUACCCCCGGGACCUUGUUGCACUUCCGCCAAGCGUUAUAAUGCGCUGUUCAACAUUCAAACAAUUUCAGCUUUGACCCUGUUGCUGCAGACCUUUAGAAGUGACAGCCAAUGUUUACAAGACAAUUCAGAAGACGUAUCGAUGCCAGUGCUAAAAUCAAAAGAGGUUCGCUGUAACACUUUUCAUGUGGCUUUCAGGCAGCACUUGAUGCCGCAGUUGAGCGGUGCAUUGACACCCCAACUCUAGUCAUGUGGAAGCUCCAAUAAGCUUUGUGAUAAGAAAUGAACUUUUUUGCAGCUUGUAGAUCUUAUGUUGCAAUAACGGUAAGGGGUUUCUACAUCACUUGUUACGUGGCAACACCAAUGUCAACAUGCUGACGAACACCAGAUGAAAUGUGUUGCACCACUCAACACCAGAUGAAACCUGCUGCAGAGAACAUCUUGUUUUGAUUUUAGUGCUGCUACAGUCAAUAAUCAUCUGAAAUGUCUAGUAAUCAUUGGCUUCAGCUUCAAAAUGUCAGAAAGGUUAAAGUUAAAAUUCUUGAACUUGAGCACUGUUUUACACCUCUAAUGCUUCACUCCGUAGAGCUCAAUGUAUUUUGCAAUGUUGACGCAAGUCAUGUGGAAGCUGCUUUAUACCACAGAUCAAAAUGGGUUGCUUGUUUGUGUUUUUAUGAGUGUGUCUCAUGUAAAUUUGUUGCGUUGAAAAUCCCUUUUCCAGAAUGAAGCAUCUUGUUUUUAUCAGUGUCACGAUUUAUUGAUGACAAGUUAGGUAACCAAUUAUCUGGAGAGUCUUGAUGUGGGUUAAGGAGGUCAAGACCAUGGCAGUAAAUAUCAUCACUCUUUUUAAAUGGUGCUUUAACAUAGGUAAUGUCGUUUUAAAGGGAUUGUGAGAGUUGAGACAACACUGGUCCUUGGGUCACAUAUCAGAGGACAAGUACAACCUUGGAUUGGAUUUCAAUUUGAGGGAUAGAGCUUGAUUUGACCCCGUUUCUAUCAUCUCUGUCAUAUGUUGAGUGGGUUGGUUUUAUAUCUUAUGGGAAUUGUGUGUGUUUCUUUUGAAACUUGGUUACAUUUGGAAAAUAUACUGAUGCAUGUACAUUAUUCACAUAUGUAAAAGAAUCAUUGUAUCAACAUAUUUUGGAAAUGCGAAUAAGAAAUGUACCACACUGACAUGAGUAGGCAUGGUUAUAAUAACUUAAGUAUUUAUAUUUUUAAAGAUCCUAGUAUUUCAACAGGAAAUCUUAAGAGGAAAUUCCUUCAGUUUAAAGUCUGUGUUAUUCUGUCCUGUAGUGCCACCGUGUGAUUGACAAUGAUGAUGCAUAGCUUGUUCAAUGCAUGAUCUAGAGGGAGAUUGUAUCCAAGUGAAGAAAAUCUACAUUUAAGUACAUUUUAUAGGUUUAUUAUGUUAUUGUAUAGAGAACAUUAUUGUUUUGCACUGUCAUUUGGAUUAAUAUCUGAUAUUUAAGUGCUUCUUAUAUUGUGCUUCUCAGGAUAAAUGGUUUCCUUGUUUUAUCUUCAGAAUGGAGACUGUGGGUCAAACACAGUUUUUAAUUUUCUUGGUUGUGAUGCUCAUUUGACAUUUAAGAACAACUGCUUAUAGAGUA